CUUUAAACCUCGAAUACUCUGCAUACCUGUCGCAUUAUUUGCUUGCUCUCCUAAACACCCCUCAUUCAUGAGCACUUCUGAUACACUGCUGAUUUGCUCAGCGUCGGUGAUCACCCCGCUCCCUUGAAUCCUCCCGGCCCUUUACUCCCCCAUCACAUCAGGUUCAAUUACCACCAUGGCAACGAAGAGCACCGCACCAGUGCAGGAGUUUGCACCUGUCCUUGCAGCUCUUGCUACAAUGCAAGGGAAUGCUUCACGACAGGAAAAGACUCAUGCUCAUGAAUUCCUUGAGCGCUUUCAGAAAUCUGUGGAAGCUUGGACAACAACGCAUGCGAUCCUCCAGGCUCCAGACUCGGCUCCCGAGGCGAAGCUGUUUGCGGCCACUACUUUGAAGGGGAAGAUCACAUAUGACCUCGAUCAGUUGCCCGAAUCAUCAUUGCCGGCUCUAAGAACCUCCAUCCUUUCGCUUCUGGCAAAUUAUAGAUUGGGUCCCCGACCCAUCCAAACGCAGCUAUGUGUUUGCUUGGCGAGUCUGGCAAUCCAAAUGAUCACCUGGAAAGACGUCCUUCCAGUGGUUGGGUCAGCUUUGGGCAACGAAGCAAGCAACUGCAUCCUAGAAUUCCUAAAAAUCCUCCCCGAGGAAGUUACAGAAGGACGCAAAAUCAACCUGACUGAAGAGGAACUAGCCACUAGAACGAAGGAGCUGUUGGAAGAUAACGCGGACCAAGUUCUGGCGCUCCUUACUCAAUACUCACAGUCUUCGCCUACUGCUGCAAGUAACCCACAGUUAUUGGAAUGCAUUACUUCCUGGAUGCGCGAAAUUCCUGCGUCGCGAAUUGCUAACUCUCCUUUAAUGGACGUCAUCGUAAAAGCGCUUUCGGAUGAGAGAUCCUUCGAUGCGGCAGUAGAAUGUAUGUGCGCCAUUUAUAGGGACACCCUUGAAGUUGACGAUUCUAUGCCCGUUAUACAGACCGUCUAUCCACGGUUAAUCGCAUUAAGGCCGAAGAUCCGUGAAGCAGCGGAAACGGAGGAUCCUGAAAUGCUCCGUGGUGUCACCAGAUUGUUUGCUGAAGCUGCAGAAGCCUGGGUAGUCCUAAUUGCCCGUCUACCAAACGAAUUCCGCAACCUGGUUGAAGCGGUUCUGGAAUGUUGUGUUGUUGAUAAAGAGCGUGAUGCUAUUUCUAUCACCUUCGUCUUUUGGUUCGAGCUUAAACAGUACGUGACGUUGGAUAGAUAUGCCAACGCAAGAAUAGUUCUUUCGGAUGUGUUUUCCAAGUUGGUGGACAUCAUGAUCAAGCACCUAGAGUUUCCGGCUACAGACGGCGACGAAGAAGAUUUGUUUGAAGGAGACCGGGAACAGGAGGAGAAAUUUCGAGAGUUCCGCCACGCGAUGGGCGAUGUGCUCAAAGAUUGCUGCGCCGUUAUUGGGGUUUCCGAAUGCCUGAACAAAUCGUAUGACCUAAUUCAAGGAUGGGUAGCGAAAUAUGGGCCUCAGGCAAGUCACAACCACGUACCACACUGGCAAGAACUGGAAGCGCCAUUGUUCAGUAUGAGGGCGAUGGGACGAAUGGUCGAUCCCGAGGAGAGUUCGGUCCUUCCGCAGAUUAUUCCGCUUAUUGUCCGAAUACCUGAUCAGGAAAAGGUCCGUUUCCAAGCUAUUAUGGCGCUUGGGAGAUACACCGAAUGGACAGCGCAGCAUCCCGAAACUCUUGAGGCUCAGCUCAAUUACGUUAUUUCCGGAUUUCAGCAUAAGUCUCAAGAAGUUGUACAAGCUGCCGCACUGGCCUUCAGAUUCCUUGGAACUGAUUGCCAGAAGUUAUUGGGAGGACAUAUCCCACAGCUGCAUACGUUUUACGAGUCAGUGAUCGACAAUUUAAAGCCGUCGAGUCAGGAGGAGGUCACUGAAGGCGUUGCCGCCGUUGUAGCGGUUCAGCCAAUCGAAAAGAUAUAUGAGACUCUGAAGCUGUUCUGCGAUCCUAUUAUGAGAAGAAUUAUGAACUUAGCCAACAAUGCGAAAGACGAAGAUGGCCAAAGAGCAGUCGCUGACCAUCUUCAACUCAUUACCAUAUUUAUUCAAAUCGUAUCACCGUAUGUCGAUCCUGGUACUCAAAAUCCAGGUGUGCGGUAUUGUGAGGAGAUUCUUCCAGUUCUCAGUACGAUUGUCUUGAACUUUACGAAGUCCACGCCCAUACUCGAAAGAGUUUGUCGAUGCUGGAGAUACAUGAUUAUUUCCUAUCGCAAUGCGAUGAUUCCAUUACUCCCCAACUUAGCUCAAAGUAUAUCGGCUGGGUUCCAAGCAUCCAGGGAAGGAUGUUUCUUAUGGGCAACCGAUGCUGUUGUUCGGGAGUUUUCUUCCGGUGCUGAAUACGUGGAUCAGGCAACGAGCGAUGCAGUAUACCAUUUCUUCGAGCAACAGGUCAUCCAAUUCCUCCGUAUUCUCAACGAUUUACCGCCAAACCACCUGCCCGAUAUGAUCGAGGACUUUUUCCGGCUCUUAACCGAUGCUGUGCGAUACUUCCCAAAAAAUACGUUGACAUCACAGCUUGCCGUUCCCAUCUUCUCCGCUGCACUAAGUGCGCUUACCCUGCAACAAGUCGACCCUCUUACAGCAACCCUACAUUACUGUCGCGACGUCCUGAGUUUUGGAUUUGAGCAGCCAUCAAUAUCCGAAUUUACGAGCCCAGAAGGCGAACCAUUUACUAACCCUCCAGAGGUUAGAGCAGCAGUUAAGCAACUAAUAAGCUCGCAGGGGUCUCUUCUUGUCCAACGCGUUAUGACGGGAAUGAUGUUCACGUUCCCUGGAGAUUGUUUCCCUGAUGCGUCGGGAGUUUUGAUGGCAUUAUUUGAAUUAUUACCACAAGAGACCGCAACUUGGGUUGGCGGCACCAUUCAGUUACUUCCUUCAGGCACCUUGAAACCCGGUGAAAGUGAACGCUUAAUGAAGAAUCUCUCAGAACGCGUACAAACCGGCGAUCAUAGGAAGAUUCGAACAUUGCUUCAAGAUUUUACAAAUUCAUAUCGGCGACGAAAUGUAGCGCCCAGAGAAGGACUUGGGAGACUCGAAGCAGCGAGGUUCCGAUUUACUGGUUGAAUUCCACAAAAUCCAUUUCCUAACAAUAGCAAUACAAAAAGUCAUAAUCACAUCUAGGUCAUCCUGUGGGCUUCGCCCUCUGUCGACUGCAUUUCCACAGUAUUUCGAAGUCUGACACCAAAAAGGGAUAGCGACCAAAACUCCAGCCUGUGUAAAAUCAUUCUCCGUGGACGAACGCACCACCUAUUGGGCAAGGCGUUAUGAUUUUUUUUUUUUUCUUUCCCUUACUUAUUUUUGUCGAUCCCUGCCUGUUAAACUCCAUUUGCAGAACUCUUCCCGUGCCCUGCGAAGUGGAUCGUCUAGCUGGAGAAAAUUCACGUCCUCAUAAUCAAUUAUAUAGCUGUGCGUGUGAAUCUAGCUGUUAGUUAUAGGUCUUAUCAGAAAUGGAACGGGGGAGAAAAGAGUGAAGG